AUGUUAGUUUCUUUCCUCUUGCUUGCAGUAGUUUACUCUGAGACAUGCACUCGAAGCCCGAUUGUAUUAAUUCCAGGUAUCCUUUCUUCUAUAUUAGAAGGAGAAGUUCAUAUACCAUCAGAUGCUGUUGUAAACCUUGAUGAUGGAUGUAAGAGAGAAGUCAAACAAAAAAGACUUUGGGUUGCUAUUAAGGAUAUCAAUCCGUUUGUUAAUGAUUGUUACCUUGGCUAUUUAAGACCAACUUAUGUGGCUUCUUCGAACAUUCAAACUGAAAUGACUGGUGUCACAGUCACCGUCCCGAAGUAUGGGAGCACAUAUGCACUUGACUCUGUCGAUCCAAAUUGGCCAAUUUCUUUGAUGACAAAAGCCUUCCAUGAUUUGAUUAAGAAGUUUGAGAAACUUGGAUAUAAGGAUGGUGCAGAUAUGUUAGGUGCACCAUAUGACUGGAGAUACUUCAGAUUUGAUGAAUACUCACACAAAGAGAAUUGGUAUGAGAACACCAAGAACUUGAUCAAAAAAGCGUACGACACAUACAAUAGCAAGGUGGUCAUAAUAUCACACUCAAUGGGUGGACUGAUGUCUUAUAAAUUACUUGACUAUGUUGGAAAGGACUUCGCUACCAAGUAUAUAAAGAGAUGGGCUGCUAUGUCUACUCCAUGGAUUGGGUCCGUUAAAGCAACAGCUGCUGCCUUCCCAGGACACAAUAUGGACUUACCAAUUAGUGCAACCCUUUUCAGAUCCAUCUGUAGAACAAUGGAAACGUGCUCCUUGUUAUUUCCCAAUGGUGGAAAUACCGCAUUUGGAAGUACCCCAAUUUUGACUGUCAAAGACACUGGAAAGCAGUACACCGUCGAUAACACCAAGGAACUUCUUAACACUAUUGGCGGCGAUUUUGCUAAGCAACACACUUAUAUCUUUGAAAAUGGUAUUCCAAGUCUUUACAAGAAGUACAAUAAUAACUUCCCCCAUGGUGUUGAGACACAUUGUUUGUAUUCUGCAGGGUAUGACACAAUCGAAACAGUAAUAAUGGCUACCAGUGAUUAUGAUGGAAAGUCAUCAUUCUCUUAUGCUGAUGGAGAUGGUACAGUCAACAUCCAAUCUCUCAGGUAUUGUGAACAGUUACAUGCAUUCAACGCUACCAAUGUUGGAAAGGCUGACCACACUGGAAUGUUAGAUGAUAAAGUGUCUUAUAAAUAUUUGCAGCCACUCAUCUGCGGGUAA